AUGCCCGCGCGCUCGCACUCUGCGGUGCUAUGGCGAGGUCUCCGGUAUCUGUGGUUCCAUUUCCUUUUCUUGGCUCUCAUCUACUUGCGGGUCCCUCCUGAAACUUGCGGCUUGGGGAAGCAGGGGCCGCUGCGGCUCUUGCGCCAGCAGGCGGGGCUCGAGCUGCGGACGAAGAUCAACAAUCCGAACAUGAGCUUCAGUCCAGAGGCCAGGCGACUGAUUCCGCAGAUCGCGAACGCCCGGGAGCGGGGAGACUGGCGGAAGGUGGGGAACCUCUUUGAAAGUUAUACCGGCAACGAGCUUCCUGUGCUUCAUGCGGUGCUCCACGCAGCAUACAGCUGCGGCCAGUACCGGGCCGGGGCCAAGAUCUACGACAAGAUCUGCGAUCUGAACAUCACGCAGGACGCGGCUUCCUUUGGUACGGCCAUGAAGGUCUUCGCCAAGCUUUCUGAGCCCGAACGUGUUGGGGAGAUCUGGGCCCAGGCGCGGCGCUCCUGCGACCUCGACGAGCUACUCGCGGCGGCUCGGAUCGAUGCUGCUGCGGCCUUUGGGGACAUCGAGACGGCGGCGGGGAUCCUCGAUGAGAUGAACCGCAGCGGCGUCUCGAUCAACAUCGCGCAUGUCACCUCCGCGAUCCGAGCCUGCUGGGAGUC